UGUACCGAUUGCGAUGCAAUUUGCGUACGUACACGGGAGGACAAACGCUUGAUGCGUGAAGGUUUGUUUGUGUCGCGCGACCUUGAUCCCAUUCUCAAUCGUUCUCGGCGCACCGCAAGUGCAGCAACAGCAACAGCAAUCUAUUUCUAGUAGAUCAACAUGCCUCGCAUUCUCAUCGUCGGUGGUGGCCCUGCGGGUAUCGCCGUAGCCCAGACACUGGCGGCCGAUCUCACGGCCAAGGAUGACACCGAGGUCAUCGUCCUCGAAAAGAGCAAGUAUUUCUACCACGCUGUGGGCACGCCGCGUGCCGUUGUGGACGCCAACUACACCAAGAAGCUCUUCGUACCGUACGACAGCGUGAUCCCGCCGUCGGUCAAAGCUUUCGUCAAGAUCCAACGCGCCCUCGUGACGCGUAUCGUGCCCGGCGCCAAUGAGAUCGAGUACGCGCCCAUCGGCGAGGACGGAGACAUGCUGGCGGGACCCGUCAAGAGCAUGCCGUAUGACUACCUGGUGGUGGCGACGGGGAGCACUUACACGGUGCCCAUCAAGCAGCCCAAGAACAACUUCAAGCGCUCCACCACGGAGGCCAAACUGGCCGAGGUGCGCGAGCAGGUCAAGGCCGCCAACAGUGUGCUCAUCGUGGGUGGCGGCGCCGUGGGUGUCGAGGUGGCCGGCGAGAUCAAGGCCAAGUACCCGAGCAAGACAGUGACGAUCCUCGAAGGAAAGGACAAACUGGUGGCCAACGACGACGUGCGCGACAAGUUCCGCACCAAGCUGUCGACGUACCUCAAGCGUCUUGGUGUUAAGGUGGUGCUGGGAGAGCGUCUGACAGAGCGUCUAGCGGGCAACAACUUCGAGAAACGUACGCUGCGCACGGACAAGGGCACGGAGAUCGAAUCGGACGUACAACUGUUGUGCGGCGGCUUCAGUCCCACAACGGAGCUCAUCCAGAAGCUGGACGCGAGUCUGGUGACUGCCGAGGGAUUCAUCAAGGUGAACAGCAAACUGCAGUUGGACAGCAAUCAGUACUCGAACAUCUACGCGCUGGGCGACGCGAGCAAUAGUCCGGCGCCCAAGCGCAUGUACUACGCCGGUUUACAGGGCAAGCAUCUGGGUGCUGAGCUGGCGCUGGUGGCGCGUAAGACGCAGUCCAACGUGAGCAAGCCGUUCCCCAAGGUGGAGAUCGUGGGCACGAUGCUGCCGUUGGGCCCGAACGGUGGCGUAUCGCAGUUGCCUGUCAUGGGAGGCGUGGUCAUGGGCAACCUCAUCACCAAGUCCAUCAAGUCCAAGGACUACUUCGCCGGCAUGGCUUGGAAAAACCUCGGCGCCGUCGUUCCCAACUAGGUGAAUAAUAGUAGCGUAGUUGGUAGUUUACCACACACGAUCUGCUUAAGUAAGUAGCUUGACAUUGUGUACUCUUGAGAUCGAUUUUUUAAAAAAAAAAUCUAAAAGCGUUAUUCCUAGUUUUUGAUGAUGCAAUGACAAAGGUAGAAUGCUACUCCU